UUUAUUGAUUGUCUCUCAUAUCUUCAUUGCAAUCUUUAGACAGUUCUUAAAUAUCAAUUUAAACAAUAAUAAUUUUAUGCGAUUAAAUAUUUACCUUAUUAGAAGCGCUCGACGGGAGAUUCGACAUACUGCUGCAACAUUUGGAAGGAAACGGAGGUGCACAACCAUCCGUUUGCGAUAUUGUCGUGCCAAUUAAAUUUCUGAAAAAGUCAUGCCACGAUGACUUUACGGAUGAAGAUUUUUUAAAUGAUGCAGACGCUAUUUGUCGGAGAUGCCGUAGCGAUUCUCCCAUUGUACCGAGUGACUUUGUCAAAUUGAGAAUUUGCUGCGCAAUUCGGGGUCCCAGCUGCCUAGUGUCGGCAAAAAUGGUGGCGCCAGACAUGGAAUUCUUGACUGCUCCCAUUCCUCGGAUUCCCAUCUUACAAACGGCCCUAUCCAACAAGUUGCUAAAUUCGAAGAAUGAAAUGCAGACGGGAUUUGUAAGUAUGGACAAGACGAGAAACUUGGUGAUGCUUUUAGAGAACGAUCCGAAAGUUUUCAGAUUUCCGAUCGUCGGAAUAUGGGUUAGUGGCAUUCCUAACAUUUUUCAUCCAUUUGUUUGGGCUUCCUGUUUACGUUACAUCAGUUGCUUGAAAUAUUCAGAAAGAUUGUGUUUUCCACCUGAAAUGUUUAUCGUUAUCCUCUAUUCUUCCUUAUACGACAAUCCAGAAUUUUACGACUUUGUCACCAGAUCUGGAACUUGUCGGUUAUCAUACGAUUUGUAUACCGGAUCGACUGCAACAUCGUUGGCAAGGGUUCCCGUGGUGGAAAGCAAGGUGACGAAGAUCGAACUUUCCAAGAUUGCCGAUAGAACUAAGUUGGAAUUUUUGAACGCUACGGAGGAAAGAUUAAAAGAAAUGAGUGCAGAGAAGAACGAGAAAGAGAGAGAACGUCGCAUUGCCGAUAAUGUUGACGUGCCACAAAUCUGUCCGCAUCCCCAGCAAAUAAGGAUCAUAAAUCCCAAACCGACAGUACCCGAUUUGUCUUUGUCGGAUAGCAUCGAUCGACCGCUCUUGGAAAAAAACAGUGCUAGAAAAGAUGCUGGAAAGACUCCUUUUCUCACUUCACACUGUUCACAAGACGAAAGAAAUAUUUCAAAAUCUUUGCUUCCUUCUCAUAUAUUAAAUUCCAAAGAGUUAAGAGAAAAUUCUUUGAACAUUGCUCUUGGCGAAAGAGAGAAUCCCAUUUGUUUUCAAGAUGUGCCGCUAAAAAAGUCGCUAAUUCCUAUUAAAAAGCAACCUUUGCUUUUCACUCAUAAAUCUGACGUGAGUAAAAUUAAAUCUAACUGUAAUGAUAUUCAAAAUAAAGUUACAAACAAGGAAACAGAGAAACAACAGAAGGAAAAUACUAAUCUGGAAGUAAUUCAAACGAAAGCAUCUGCAUUACAAGAAGAAACGUGUAACAAAGAUUUGAUACUACAAAAGGAAAAUGUGAUAACUGAAGAAAAAUUGAGAAGGGAAUCCGUACCCAAAGACGUAUACGAGCUCCUCAGGUACCAAGAAGAGCAGCUGCAACACUUACAACAACAGAUACAACAAAUCUUGAAAGCGCAGAAUGAAAAUCGUACAAAGGAAUCUUUGACGCAUGCCGAAAAACAGAACCCUUCUGUCUCCGUAUCCACCAUGACAAGUCUGAGUCUGAAAGAUGGCAGAAAACAAGCUCCCGAGGAGCAAGAUAAAAUCUUAAAAACCGAAGGAGUCCAGACAGAUGACGAUCAUUUUUACAGAAAAUACAACAGGACUCGAACCAUAAAAAGUAACUUAUGCGAGAGAAGCAAUCCUAAACAAAACAUAAAUCGUCAGAUUAAUAACUUUGACCCCCUCAAACAGUCCGACGGUUGUAAUGUCCGGGUCGCAGAACCAUCUCUGACUCUCGACGACAUUCGUUUGGAUACAGUGUGCGAAAACCGCGAGAGUAUUGCUUCGUCCAUAUACGUCGAUAUACCAGAUUAUCCAGCCAGCACGUGCAGCAGUGCCGACGAUGCGGAAGAAAGUUCGGUGUUGGGAGAGAGCGCAAGCAUCGUUGGAAACGUACAGCCAGAGACCGGAGUACCAAGUAACACAUUCUAUGAAAACAUUCUCGGUAAUAUAGAUAAAGUUCUGUCUAAACAAGUCCAAAACAAAGCAGAAGAGUCCUCAGGCAAGAAUGACGAUAAAGUCGAAAGGAACGAGGAAGAUUGCAUCGGAAGCAAAAAUGUUCGUAAGUUAGAUGCAAUCCGGGAAGACAUCUGUGACAAUCUGUCUGAAAAUGUCUUCUAUGAGAAUAUCUUGGAAAAUAUAAACAGAUUUUUAGUGAAGGCUUCAAACUCGGGACAGCAGGUCGAGAGAUCCGUUAAGAGUUCUCACCUUUAUACUUUUGGAAACUGGAUGGCAGAUGUGUCGCUGAUUAUGAGUGAAGAAGAUAUCUCCUACAGACUCGGACGUCUUCCCAGGUUACAGUAUUCACUCCCCGAAGUCGAUCAGAGUGUGGCGACAAAUGCACUCGUGUUGAAAUACCUGGGAGACGAAUGUCCGUCCCGUCUCGUCGAAGCAAAGUCGUUGUCGGAGGGCCCCGCAAAGGAGUCUUCGGAGAGUCGUCCCACUGACUUCACCCUGUACGGCCUGUCUCCGUCCAACAUUUCGUUUGCCACAAAAAACUACCUGGAAAAGCACGGACUCGUGGCAGUCCGGACCACCCCCUCCCGAAAACAAACACCCGUCAAACGAAACUGAGGUGAAAUGUAAA